GGAGUGGGAGUCCAGGCCGGAGAGGACAAUGCACAUUUACCCUGCGACGCACGUGUGCGAUGCACUUUGCCUCUGUGGCUCACCCCCGUUAGCAGACGUGACUGCUGCCCCCUUUUGCUGAGGAGAGAAGAACUGAGGCUUGGAAGGGACAGGGUGCUGAGGCUCCUCUGCUGGGACGUCCCCUCUCACGGGAUUGGGGAGCAGCAGGAAAACCCCAUCCAUCUGCCACAGAGCCUCAGCCAGUGACAGCUGCUUCCCGGACGGAGGGCGGCCCCUGCAGCCAGCAGGAAAGCCAGCCCCACAGCAGCCUCCUCGCAGCUCCCCAGCUGCCCAGACCGGACAGGCGCUCCAGCACCGGGGAUUCGCACAAGGGACGCUCAGCCCUGAAACCCCACAACCGCUUCUCUGCUCUGGAGGCAAAGCCGGCAGCAGAGUGUUUGCUGGUCCUGAUGACAGCCGAAGCCAGCUCGGGGCCCCACCCCUCGGAGGUGGUCACACCGACUGCCCCAGCUAGCGACUUCACGGAGAUCCACAACUGGACGGAGAUGCUCGACUUCCUCAACGCCACCCUCUCCGAGUGCCACCUGAACCUCAACGAGAACACCAAGCGAGCGGUGCUGUUUGUGGUCUACCUGGCCAUCUUCGUGGUGGGACUGGUGGAGAACCUGCUGGUGAUCUGCGUCAACUGGCGACGUGCGGGCCGCAUGGGGCUGCUCAACCUGUACGUCCUCAACAUGGCCGUCGCGGACCUGGGCAUCAUCCUGUCGCUGCCCGUGUGGAUGCUGGAGGUCACCCUGGACUACACCUGGCUGUGGGGCAGCUUCGCGUGCCGCUUCACGCACUACUUCUACCUGGCCAACAUGUACAGCAGCAUCUUCUUCCUGGUGUGCCUCAGCGUGGACCGCUACGUCACCCUCACGCGUGCCUCGGCCUCCUGGCAGCGCCACCAGCACCGAGUGCGCCGGGCCGUGUGCGCGGGCGUCUGGGUCCUCGCGGCCGUUGCGCCGCUGCCCGAGGUGGUGCACAUUCAGCUGAUGGAGGGCUUGGAGCCCAUGUGCCUCUUUAUGGCACCUUUCGAAACGUACAACUCCUGGGGCCUGCUGGUGUCCCUGUCCACCACCAUCCUGGGCUUCGUGUUGCCCUUCCCUCUCAUCGCUGUCUUCAACGUGCUCACGGCCUGCAGGCUCCGGCGGCCGGGGCAGUCCGAGGGCCGGCGCCACAGCCUGCUGCUCUGUGCCUACAUAGCCGUCUUCACCAUCUGCUGGCUGCCCUACCACCUGGCCCUGCUGCUGCUCACCCUGUACGGGACCCACAUCUCCCUCCACUGCUACCUGGCCCACCUGCUCUACUUCUUCUAUGACAUCAUCGACUGCUUCUCCAUGCUGCACUGCGUUGCCAACCCCAUCCUUUACAACUUCCUCAGCCCCAGCUUCCGGGGCCGGCUGGUGAGCGCUGUGGUCCAUUACCUGCCCAAGGACCAGGCGCGUGCAGGCGGCCGGGGCUCCUCCGCCUCCUCCACGCAGCAUUCCAUCGUCAUCCUCAAGGAGGGCAGCCCGCCCUCUGCUGCAGGCCCCGGGCCGCACCAGGGCCCCAACUGCCAGGCGCCCUCUUUGCCUCCAAAUACCUCACCCGUCUCCACGCCCCAACCUCCCACGCCCAGCGGAGGUGGGCCACAGGCACCUCGUGAGUGAAGGGAAGGCGGGAGGGCCAGGGGAGAGAUUCCUGGGGCGUGAGCAUCUGAGCGCCUGCGGGCCAUGUUGAGUAGCUCUCAAAAUGCUGAGGUGGUUCGAGGGAGAGGCGGCGGGGGUGGGGACAGAGAACAGGUCCUUGUAUCCAAGGGGCCACGCAGGAAAAAAACCAAAGGUGAAAUAAAGCGUAGAGGCAGCUCUGUCUCCGAUGUCUGAUCACCCCAUGCUUCCAGCUGCAAUUGGGAAGGGAGCUGGCAGAAGCAAGGGGACCCCCCGUUUCACAAAUCACCCCCGGGGGCUGGAAAGAGGGGGCGCCGCAGGAACCUCACAAAAUGUCCCUUGUGUGUUUGCCUGUUCCACUUCCAGCUCACCGUGGGGACAAGAGGCCAGAGGCCAGGGAACCAGGAGGCCCCGGCAGGGUGGCCCCUGGCCGUGCAUCCUCAGGGCUGUGAUAAGUCAGGGGCUGGGAGGAUGGGGACAAGGCCAGGGCCAGACACAGGCACCCUGCAGCUGGGUCAGCAGGAUGGUCUGUCUCUCCACCCUCAGCCAGCCAGGAAACAGGGGCUCUAUUUCCUGGCCGUGGCUCCCCUCCCCCUUGUCCAUCCUUCUCCCCCUCCCCCAAAGCAAGAGGGGCUGUCCCCGAGUCAGUGUUCCUCGAAGCUGAGAGAUGUACUCCCAGCUUUGGAUCCAGGAUGCUCUGAGGCUUCCAGGGAGACCCGGAGCUAUCAGAACCGCCCGCCCCACCCUCAUCUCUCCUUUUCCCUCCGGAUCACGGGGCACCCAUGCUGGGAGCAGG